GGGCUUGUUGCCGGGGGGGAGGAGGCAAGCCCUCGGUGACGCAGGAACUAGGAGGGCGCUGCCGGACACAGCAGCAUGUGGGUCUCUCUUCCAGGCGUCCUCCGCUAAAGGAGGUGCCCUAGCUCGGCUGUUCCCACAUGAGAGCACGCUAGGAGUAGAGGAGCCGGCAGCGGAUGCACGACCAUGUGUUUUUUGCAAAGCGGUCAGUAGCUGCUGUCGGGUCCCUGCGCGGUCUGGCAGCUGCAGCAACUUGUGCAGUGGGAACUCUCCUGCAGACAGUUACCGCAUCGUCAGCUACUGAGUCUUCGGCCGGCUUCUGGGAACUCUUGGCGGCUGCUAUGCUGUGGAAUUGGAUACACUUGGGCUCUGCUGGAAGCUCUAGUCCGUUGCUUUUCAGCGCAGUUGGUCUCCUCCAUGAGCACCCCGCCGUCGGCUGUACUGGCAGCCCAGGGGAAGGGGACUCCCUCCGGGCCUCUUGAGCACGUUGCCUUGGCGGCAGGUCGGUCUGUGAAUGGGGCCAGUGGACUCCAAGAAGCCUCCGCUGUGUUGCACGUCCAGACCUCGGUUGCCUCAGUCCCGUGCCCAGUGACGGCCACGGGGCAUGUAGCAGUUGCGAGCACGAAAGUUCCUUUCGGCCUGGUGCCUUCAGUUUCCCAACAGCCUGGAGUGCUAUCUGCCCCCGGGGGGGCUCUGGUAGCCAAAGUAGCGCCCGUCAUUCCUGUCCAGGAACUCUCCAAACCUUCCAAUGCUGCUACUACGCUGGUAUCUCCAGUUGGUUCAAAAGCUCCGCCAACCACUACAGUGCAGUUGCCUGCAAACUUUCAGUUUCCACAAGGAACAGUUCUUCUGAGAAGUAACACUGGCCAGCUGGUGCUGGUGUCUCAACAAGCACUAGUGCAAGCCCAAAGCCAGACCCUAAAUAAUACAAGUCUAAGACAGUCACUGCCUGCAAAUGCACCUAUAGUCAAAAUAAGAACUGUACAGAAUCCUGGAACACAAAUACUUAAAGUACUAGCAACUCCUGGGAAAACAGUGCCUCAGUCAACUGCUCUUACAUCAACUGUUAAAAAACCUGCUGGAAUCCAGCCAUCACCAGCAUCCAUAAGAAGUACUUCUACUACUGUGAAGACUUUUGCUGGACCUCAGGCAAAAUCUGCUUCUGAUUGUCCUGCAUUUUCUGUCACUCAGAAACCAGCUCCUGACAAAGACGGCUUAAUAGGGACACAGAAAAGCACUUCUACAGAAAUGCUGGAGAACGUGAAGAAAUGCAAAAACUUCUUGGCAACAUUAAUUAAGUUGGCAUCAAGUGGACCUCACAGUGCUGAAAUGCAGCAGAAUGUGAAGAACUUGGUACAAAGUCUCUUGGAAGGUAAAAUUGAGCCUGAAGAAUUUACCAAAAACCUGUACAUUGAGCUAAAGUCUUCUCCACAACCGUAUCUUGUCCCCUUUCUCAAGAAAAGCAUGCUUGCCUUGCGGCAGUUAAUGCCAAACACACAGAACUUCAUACAACAGUGUCUUCAGCAGUCUUCAACACAAACUGCUGGUUCAGCUUGUGCUACAGUGACAGUCACCGCUCCCUCCACAGUUGUUCCUGGCAAUCCUUUGAACACAGCAUCUCUUCAGUCUGCUAAACCAGCCCUUAGGACUCCAGUGGGGAUACCUUCUCCUCAGAUCUCAAGCUCUGUCUCCUGUACACCACUGGUGACAAGAGGAUCUGGUUCUUCUCAGUUUGUACAUCCAGUGCAAACCUCAUCAGGGGUACUCCAAGUGCCAAAUCCUGUCCCACCCUCUCUGUUUACAACGGGAAUAAUUUCUAAGACUGUACAUCUACCCCAUUCCACUGCAAUGGCAACAACAGGAACCACUUCCCUUCAGGCCGUAAAACCAGUUCUUGUCUCCACAGUAUCAUCCUCAGCCCUUUCUGCUCUCAAUGCUGUAAAAUCAGUCUCCUCUUCUGCUGCAGUAACAACUUCUCUCCAGGAGGUCAAGCAAGCCUUGACUACUACAGUGACAUCUACAGCAGUAACUUCAUCUCUUCAGUCUGUGAUACCACUCACUGGGACGCCAAUCACUAUCAGACUUGCCCACCCCAAUUCCGUCAACUCCCAGUCAACUCGAAAUUCACAAGCUAUAAAAGUGAAGCAGCUGAUAUUCCAGAAGCCAUCAGGAAGCACUGUGAAAAAACUGACCACGUUCCAACCAACUUCAACACUCCCUGUUUCAAACAAAUCAGGUGGAAAAAUGGCUUUAAAUGCACUGAUCCAGGCAAACAGACUCCCUGCAGGAUCCAUUGCGAAACAAAUUACCCUGCCAGGAAACCAAAUUCUGUCGCUUCAAGCGUCUCCUGUUCAGAGAAACAAAAUAAAAGAGAAUGGAACAACAUCCUUCAGGGAUGAAGAUGAUAUCAAUGAUGUGACUUUUAUGGCUGGGGUCAACUUGAGUGAAGAGAGCGCAUGUAUUUUAGCAACAAAUUCUGAUGCAGGUGGCACACUUACCCGGUCUUGCCCAGAGGAACAACUUCUUUCUGCAGAUGUGCUGAAAAUGAAAAUCUUAGAAACAGGUAAAAGGCAUGACAUUAUGGAAGUGAAUUCGGAUGUUCUGAGCUUGAUCUCCCAUGCUACGCAGGAGAGGUUACGAGGGCUUCUGGAGAAACUGGCUAUAAUUGCUCAGCAUCGUAUGAUGACCUAUAAGGACGACAAGAAGUAUGUAAUGUCUAGUGACAUUCGGACUCAGCUGAGGUUUCUUGAACAACUGGAUUACAUGGAGAAGGAAAGAAAGGAUGAAGAACAGCGGGAAAUGUUGCUUCGAGCAGCCAAGAGCCGUUCCAGUAAAGAAGAUCCAGAACAGCUGCGAUUGAAGCAGAAAGCAAAGGAGAUGCAGGAAUUAGAACUGGCACAAAUGCAACAAAGGGAGGCCAAUCUUGCAGCUCUGGCAGCCAUUGGGCCAAGAAAAAAGAGACCAUUGGAUUCAUCCAGUCCUACAUCUGGAGUUGAGGGCUUGAACAGGUCACCCAACUGUGCAAGACUAUAUCAUUGUCCAAGAAUAACGCGCAUCUGUCUCAGGGAUUUAAUUUUUUGUAUGGAACAAGAAAAGAUGAUGAAGCAUUCUCUAGCCUUGUAUCAAGCUCUUCUUAAGUAAUGAAUAGACUUAUCUUUGUAUUUCUGCUUAUCACUUGUUGCCAAAAGAACUAGAAUGUACUGUCCUUUAGUGUAUUUUUCAAAAGAACCCAUUACUAGGGUAAACUUUGUUUAAAGUUAUAAGCUUCUAAAGUAAUGUCCACUUGAAGGUUUUUCCUAAAGAGAAUGCCAUGAGGAAUAUUCAUUGCACUGGAGAGAAAGGGCUUCUGGUGCCUGAAAUGUUUCAGUCUGCAGCAUUAUUCCAUGAAUAAUGUGUCUUUUAAGAUUGUAUUUGAGGAAGAAUCUCAAAUUGAUAGAUGGUCAGUACACCAGUACAUUGCCUACUUGAUUCAUCUUCCCUAGCUGGAGGAGAAACCAUUUGGGAGCAGGCAAAAGAAAUGCCAGAGGAUUUUAUAAACUGCUGCCUCUGAAAGGAGGCAGAAAAGGCCAUCUCCAGUAGCAUGCCUUGUGAUCUUCAUACAGUUGGGCAGAUGUGCAAGCAAGCUGGGGCUAGUUAAGUGUUGAAGUGAAGAGUCUUUAAAAUCAAGGUUGCCUAAAUUACUAGAGACAAUAUUAAGAAGCACUUAAUAUUGGCAGGAAAUCCUUCAGUUUUUAGUAAGAUACACUUGUUUCCACAUGUGUAUAGGGAUUUUCAAGCAGAGAGCUAUCCUUGAAGGACAAGCAAGGUGAAAAACGCUCCCUGUUUUAUGUAACAUGAAGGUUUAUUUGAUCUCCUCUGUCCUGCAGCACAGGGCUCAGAACAUAUUUACUGAUUAGCAGGGAUUUGAUAAACUGAUGACUUUAACAUGCCCUUAAUUAGCGUCUUUGUAGAAACAGAAUCUGCUGUGGCUCUUACAGAAGAGCACAAUAUUGUUCAGGGAACUGAACUGUGGCCUCUGCUGGAUUCCAAAGUUAGUCUGCCUGUUACUUGGUCUUAGAUCACUAGCAGUGUACUUGAGGCAGUUCCAACACUGUCAUUUUUUUCUUUUUUUCCCUACAAAUUGUGCACUCUUCUGCAUACUUAACAUACCACUGUAUCACAUGGCUGUAUGACAGUGGGUAGGAAAGACAGCAACUGAAUGCUUUCAUAGUUAAAAGUCCUUUUUCAUUAAUAAAGAGGUUUUUUUAUGGGGUUAUGGGUUUCCUAUAUCUUCUAGAAAUUGCCUGACUUCCUGAGACCAGGACCACUGCACUAUGUUGGGAGUUUCUGACCUAGACAUAGUUUUCCAGUUAGGAAAACAGCAAACCAUGUUAAACCAGUGCAGUAAAUUAUGUGUGCAUGUGUAUAAUAUAUGUAUAUAUAUGAUGAAAAGUAAUGCCAUUUAUGAUUAAUCAGUAAUGGCACUGUGCAAAAAUGUUUUGUAUAAUAAAUGCUUAUCUUUACUUUUUAUGUAAAGUGCAGCAUUUUCUCUUUGUGUAUUCAGUCUUACUGACCGAAGAUGUUUAACAUUAUUUUAAACAGUGCAUUAAAGUAAGUAUUUUAUUAAAA